AUGGCGAAGCAUUUCAAUUGGAUCCCUAAUAUAAUGAACAUUUUGUUCAUGUCCCUUUUAGUUGUUACUGCAGCUUGUGUUUAUGUUCCUGAGUUCAGGCCUCGUCCUUCAAUUAUAAUAGCUUUAUGCUUAGGUGCAUCCCUGGUGUAUUACUUCCUAAUGAGUAGACCCAACAAAGUUUACUUGGUAGACUUUGCAUGCUUCAAACCAAGCGUUUCUUGUCUUUGCACCAAGGAAAUGUUAUUAGACAGAGCCAAGCAUGUUGGGUUUUUAUCAGAAGAGAACUUCAAAUUGGUGACAAAAAUUAUAGACAGGUCUGGUUUGGGACCAUUGACAUAUGUCCCAGAGGGACUAUUGGAGAUCCCACCAAGACUCACAUUGGAUGAGGCAAGGAAGGAAACAGACACAGUGCUUUUUGGGGCUGUGGAUGAGCUCCUUGAGAAAACAGGUAUUGAAGCUAAGGACAUAGGGAUUCUUGUCGUAAAUUGUUGCUUGUUCAAUCCCACACCAUCUCUAUCUGACACCAUUGUGAACCGCUACAAGCUUAGAGGGAACAUAUUGGCCUAUAAUCUUAGUGGUAUGGGGUGCAGUGCUGGGGUUCUUGCUGUUGACUUUGCCAAAAACCUCCUUCAGGCACACCCAAACUCGUAUGCUUUGGUGCUGAGCACAGAAAACGAAAUCUCAAGCAUGUACUGGGGCAACAACCCUUCGAUGCUUCUUGUUAAUUGCCUGUUUAGAAUGGGUGGUUCUGCAGCAUUGCUCUCAAGUCAUCCUUCUGACCGGUACCGUUCAAAGUAUGAGCUGAUCCACACGCUGCGAACUCACGUGGGUGCUGAUGAUAACAGCUACAAAUGUGUGUUUCAAGAAGAGGAUGAAGACCAAAAGGUUGGUGUUUCACUCUCAAAAGAGCUCAUGAACGUUGCAAGGGAUGCACUAAAGGUACACAUAACAUCACUAGGCCCAGUAGUCCUACCCAUUUCUGAAAAGCUCAAGUUCUUGGCAAAUGUAGUGGAGAGAAAGGUGUUAAAGACCAAGAUUGAAGCCUACAUGCCAAAUUUCAAGCUUGCUUUCAAACACUUCUGCAUCCACACAGGAGGUAGAGCUGUUUUAGAUAGGAUGCAAAAGAGUCUUGAGCUUGAUGAUUGGCAUAUGGAGCCUUCUAGAAUGACACUUUACCGUUUUGGGAACACAUCAUCAAGCUCUGUGUGGUAUGAGUUGGCUUAUUGUGAGGCCAAAGGAAGAAUCAAAAAGGGUGAUAGGGUAUGGCAAAUGGCAUUUGGAUCUGGAUUCAAGUGUAACACUGCCGUUUGGCUUGCGUUGAACACCAUUGAACCAGCAUCUAUCAGAAGUCCUUGGAGGGAUGAGAUCAAUAAUUUUCCUGUUAAAGCUGAUCCACUCGUCAAGAGUAACAAAUAG